UGGUGAUGCGAUCCCAACAAACCGAGCCGCGAGCGCUCGCGCUGCUCUUGUCUGGGAAAACCGCAGAUCCCACUCCGGAGUGACUUAAUGACAGCGCUGCUGGCUGGCGACCGCCGAUGAGGUCCACCAGCAUGGGUACCGGGGAUUACCUCUGCAUUACGGUGCGCGGUGGCGCGCCCUGGGGCUUCGGUCUGAGGCAGGGCGAUGAGUUACACCAUCCUCUGCUCGUCUGCCAGGUGGACACUAGGGGGCGCGGUGCCCUGGCGGGACUGCGCGAGGGGGACGAGGUGGUGUCCCUGAACGGGGAGCCCUGCGCUGACCUCACCCUCCCGGAGAGCAUCGACCUCAUGGAGUCCUCCGACAGCCUGCAGCUGCUCGUCAAACGGUGCGGUGUUCCCCAGCUCCUUUCCCCGGACUCAGAGAGGGAAGGUUUCGGGGAGGCUGAGCCCGAUGGGGAGGGCCUGGAGAGCACCACGCUGGAGGUCUGGUCCGCUGGAGGGUCCCGGGCCCGUGAGGGGGGGCUGGAGGCCUGCGAGUCGUCCCAGGACGAGGCGUACUACGGGGAGACGGAGAGCGACGGCGAGCCGCGGGCUGCCCGCUCCGCGCUGGAGACUUCCUGUGCCCGCUCAGCGCUGGAGACUUCCUGUGCCCGCUCCACACUGGAGACUUCCUGCGCCCGCUCCACGCUGGAGACUUCCUGUGCUCGCUCAGCGCUGGAGACUUCCUGUGCCCGCUCCACGCUGGAGACUUCCUGUGCCCGCUCCACGCUGGAGACUUCCUGUGCCCGCUCAGCGCUGGAGACUUCCUGCGCCCGCUCAGCGCUGGAGACUUCCUGUGCCCGCUCCACGCUGGAGACUUCCUGUGCCCGCUCCGCGCUGGAGACUUCCUGUGCCCGCUCAGCGCUGGAGACUUCCUGUGCCCGCUCCACGCUGGAGACUUCCUGUGCCCGCUCCGCGCUGGAGACUUCCUGUGCCCGCUCAGCGCUGGAGACUUCCUGCGGCGGCGUAACGGCGGGAACGGUGGUCGAGCUGCGGGUCUCUGUCUCUGAGCGCGGCCGCGAUGGCGGUGGCGGCGGCGGUGGCAGUGGAACGGUCGCGGUAGUGUCCGCGCGGAGGGAGGGCAGUCCGGACCUGGACUCUGGGGGCUCGAAAGCCGAGCUCCUCGCUGGGGAGCCCCCAAAACAGCGAGGUGACCUGGUGACCCCCUCUUCCUGCUCUGUGGGUCAGGUGGAGCUGACCCUCCAGCACCCUGGCAAAGGCUGGGCAGGGGAGGAGCAGGAGAAAGAGGAGGAGGAGGAAGAGGAGGAGGAGGAGGAGAGGGGGCGUGUCCUGAGUGAUCCUCCGGAGGAGGGAGGCUCCAGUGCCUGCGUCUCCUUCAGAAUCUCGGCAGAGGGGGCCGAGUCGCUGGAGGAGCGGGACUCGGAGAGCGAGAGGGACCUCGGCAGACCCAGCAAGCACCGGGCGCGGCACGCGAGGCUCAGGCGCAGUGAGAGCCAAUCAGAGAAGCAGGUGAAGGAGGCCAAGUCCAAAUGUAAGCGCAUUGCUCUGCUUCUGACUGCUGCCCCGAACCCCACCAACAAAGGGGUGUUGAUGUUCAAGAGGCGCCGACAGAGGGCCAAGAAGUACACACUCGUGAGCUACGGGACCGGAGAGACCGAGCCCGAGGACGAGGACGAGGAGGAAGACUACGAGGAAGCCGAGGACGACCGGGCCAUCGAGCUCACCUUGCUGGCCACCAGCGAGUCGGAGCUCAGCGAGGACUUCUCGACGAACGCUCCGGGCCGAGGCGACGCUCCGGGGCACGACUGGGACGCCGCGCUGCUGGAGGUGGAGAGGAAGGUGGACGCCCAGGGAGACAUGGAGCAGCUGCCCGGGACGAAGGGCAAGGGGGCGCUGAUGUUCGCCCGCCGCCGGCAGAGGGUGGACGAGAUCGCGGCCGAACACGAGGAGAUGAGGCGGAAGGGGAUCCCCGUCGAGGGGUUGCCCGCGGAGGCCCAGGACGCCACGGUCCCGAAGUCCCCCCAGGUUGAGGAGCACUCCUACACAAAGGCCUCUGUUCCCCAGCCCAAUCAGACCUUCCAGCACCAACAGUACCAAGACCACCAGCAGCAACAGUACGUCCCGACCCAACAAUACCCUCAGGAGAUGAACGGCACGGCCCACCUCCACGCUAACGACUCGCCGAGGUCCCUUGUCCCCAACAGAACCGCUAAACCGUUCGCGGGAGUCCAGAACCGAGUGCCCGCGCCCUUCUCCCCCUCCCGAAGUGUCACCAGCCAGCCAUUGCCGAGCUACACUGAGAAGUUCCGGGUGGUCCCGCCCCCUGUCCCCGUGAACACACGCCCCCAGGUCUGGUCACCAACGGGGGAGCUGAUCGCCUCUCGAGACGAGCGCAUCUCCGUGCCGGCCAUUAAGAUACUGCCGGACACCAGAAAACGAGGUGCAGCCAAGUCCACCUUACAUACCAAAGUGUCACCAGAUCCACUGUUCUCUAUGAGGGGAGACAAGAGGGCCGGCUUUGAGUCGGGCCCAGAAGAAGACUACCUAAGCCUUGGAGCUGAGGCUUGCAACUUCAUGCAAACCCCGACCGUCAGGUCCAAGGACCCUCCACCGGUCGCUCCGAAGCCAAGCAUCAAUCCAGCUUCUCCACCAUGGGCCAGCGGGAACACCACCCAAUCCCCCUCGCACCAACCGCAAACUCAAAGCCCCCUACUUGGUCCUGUUCCUACGGCAAAGCCAACUCAGCCCCAGUCUCCAAGGCAACAUGCAUCAGUAACCCCCUGGACUCCACGUCAGGCACAGUCUCAGCCACCUAUGAACACUUGGACCCCACCCCAAUCUCAGGCCCAUCCUCAGCCACCUAAGAAUGCUUGGACCCCACCCCAGCCUCAGGCACAUCCUCAGCCGCCUAUAACCUCUUGGACCCCGCAGCCUCAGCAUGCGCCCGUGAGUACCGCAGCCACGACUCAAACCCACGCACCCCUUCAUCAGCCAACGAAGUCGUGGAAUCAGCCGCAAGUCCCCGCUCGGUCCGCGGUCUCUCGACCAAUGAACUCCUACCCGCACGCAACCAAGACACCGCCCGCCGUCCGCGAUGGCUCCGCAGCCGAAGGCCUCGAGAGGUCGGCCAUGAGGGGGAGAGGCGCCGAGCUCUUCGCGCGGAGGCAGGCCCGCAUGGAGAAGUUCGUGGUGGACGCCGAGACGGUGCAGGCUAACAAGGUCAAACCCUCAUCUCCAACGCCCUCUUUGCCCGGUUCCUGGAAAUUCUCCUCGAAUGUCCGCGCUCCCCCUCCCCUCUCGUACAACCCCAUUCUGUCCCCCUUCUACCCCCUCGCGGCUAUUAAGCAGCCCCCUCCCACCAGCCCCAAGGCAAAGGCCAAGAGUGCGGCCAAAACCCAGCCACCCCCAAAACACCUCAAUGCUGUGGAUGUGAUGAAGCACCUGCCCUACCAGCUAAACCCCUCCCUCUUUACCUACGAGGCAGGCCCAGAAGUGAAAAGCGCUUCUCCCAAACCUGCCCCGACCCCUGAUUCUAGCUUCACCUACAGCCCUUCCCCUGUCCCCACCCCUUCCCCUGUCCCUGCCCCCACGCUCGCCCGUGGGGUUUCCAAAGUCCAGCCUCCAGGACCGGCUCUGGGCAGGAGCUGCUCCCUGUCUCUGCCCCGGCGGCUGCCGUCCAUGAGCUCGCGGUCGGACUACGGGUCCCCGGUGACCACGCCCGUGUUCCAGCCGUCGUGGGGGCCCCUGGAGAGGCAGGCGUCCUGGCUGGAGACGGGCCCCAAGCCCCCCAGCCCCUGGGAGGCCGCGUGCCGGAGCCCGCUGGGCCUGGUGGACGAGGCCUUCGCCCGCCGCGGCGUCCAGGAGACGGUGGCCUCCGGGGUGAGGGCCGCUGCCCAGCGCAGGUCCCUCCCGGAGCCCCCCGCCGAGUGGAGGGCCAGGGUGGCCCACGAGGCCCGUCCCGAAGGAGCCCCGCCCUUCGGCUCCCCCACCAGGAGCACCCCUGCUCAGUAUGGCCCCCCCUUCUCCUCCCAGACCAGGGCCACGCCCGCUCACUGUGGUCCCCCCUUCAGACAGUACCAGCCUCAGAGGUCUGUGACUGGCUACGCGGGUCCUGGCUGUGAUUACAGGAGACCCCUGAGUCAGCCUGGCUACAGGCCCAUGUACAAUGCAGCCUGGAGACGGUAACCAAGCACAGCGAUCACGUCUUAAUGCCUAAAAAUAGCAGGAUACGCUUUUUUCGGUUUGUUUGUUCGUUUGUUUUUGGCGUACCGGUAGAUUGAGGCUCCAUAAAUUUCAAAAAUGGGUGGAGCUAUCAUGUGAAAGCAGAAGAAUCGCUUAUUGCAGCCAAUGACUGUGCUUUGUUGUGGCGAGAACAGUUGUCUGAUUGGUUCAUGUGAAUUGGUGAUUGACAGCACAGGGUAGCUCCGCCCACUUUUGAAGCCUCAUGAACCAGUAGUCUCACAAUAUUAGUAGCUAGGACGUUUUUUAAGGUUGGUUAGAAAGUGUUUGCCACUAUAAUAAAAGGGCUGAGGUUAAAUAUCAGUUUGAUGAUUUAUGAGCCUUUAUUAUUCAUCAUCCACAAAUCAAAAGUGAAAGAAAACCUGAACCGCAGAGAUGUAGAAGGGUCGGACAGUGUCUGUUCUGAAGAGAUAAAGUGUUUCGGUUCUCUUCGCUUUCUAAGAUUUCAUUGGCACAGUUGUAGGUGAGGAAACCUUGAGCAGCUCCUUAAGCUCGGAGGUAACUUCAGGUCAAUCCCAGUUUUUUUUAAGGAGGUAGUUAUACUGGAACCUAAAGUGUUUCAAACUAGGAACAGAGCGCCUUUCCCUGGUUUUGGAGCAAUGGUUUUAAGGAGGUUUUGUGUUUAUUCAAUUAGAAUACAAUUUCUUCCAUUCCUAUAGCUGCCAAACAUACAAGCUUUUGCAAGAAAAAAAGAAAAAAAAUUUUUUACUCACAGUUGAAUGCAAAAGGUUUUGUGAUUGGUCUGAACAAAAGCCAGAUUCCAGACUUGGCUGGCACUAACCUUGGUACAAAUCACAUCACAUUUGAUCAUAGAUUAGUUAAUUUUUCGUUCUUACAGUUUUCUGUUCUUCAAAGUCCGAGUCACUUUGUGUCAUAUGAAUCAAGAACAUCAAAUGUUUCUUUGGUGAAGGAUUUGGAAAAUAAACCAAAUCACCAACUUUUAUCCAAUUAAAAAUUAUUUGUGGGUUGUGGCUGUGUAUUAGUUUUAUGGAAACAUUUAGGCAGUGUUGUUAUACACAUCCACAGUGGAGGAAAGUUGAAUGAAAUGAGGCAACACAGACAACUAGGCUGUCUAGACGAUCAUAAAUAUAUCAUGUGAGCUUUUGAAUACUGCGCAAUGUCAUUUACAGCUCUGAGUGAAAGGUACAUUGACUGUUAUGGGAGUUAGCGAUGGAAAAUAAACAACUCUAUUAAAGUCGGGCAGAGAGAAGGUACAUAAAGAAUGUUCUAGAUGCGGUGACAGAGAUGUGACGCAGAGCUGAGAUGUAUUCGUUUUUUUUUUUUUAAAAAAGGUUGCUUUGAGUAGGAAGUCAGUUCAGCUGAGAAUGAAUAUCAUUUUUUGGGAGGCUUAUAUGUGCAAUCAAAGGAAGAGGUAAAUAUUCCACCAUUUUGGUUUGUGCUUCAUUUUCACUGAAGUGUAGUGUAAGUUUUUUUUUUUUUUUGCUGAUUACAUAACAUAUUUUUUUAUAAUCUCACAGAAUUCCAGAAUUGUUCAUUCCAAGUUGUUAAUGCAAGUUUUCUACAAUAAAUAAUAGUUGCUUGAUAUUGUUAUUCGCAGGGAAGUUGCAGUUAUCUCUGUAGCAACACCCUAGAGACGUCCCUGUCUAACAUCAUUGUGAGCUUUCACAGUCUGUGACAAUCUGAAAAAAUGUACUUUGCAGAGUUACAAGGGAGGCUUUCCUACAAUCCACAUGGCUUAACAUGUCAGAAUUCAUAAUAUCAGACAGAGUGGAUGCUAGACAUUGUUUUCGACAUGGUGGCAUCAGACCAGAAACAUACAAAACUGAAAAGUUAUAUUUGUCACUGUAGAAAUAACAAGACAGAAUUGCUGUAGAAUAACGAUGCAACAAUAAUAAUAUUGUGCGAGAAAAAUGUCUCCUAAAAUCAAACAAAAGUAGCUUUAGAAAGUACAUUCCACUGUAUCGAGGUCACUUAUUCAAUACCAGUCCUGAGACAGUUUUUUACAGAAUGAAAUAAAAUAUAUUUACUACAGUCUGACUGAGGGUGCUCCUGCACUUCGUUUUUAAUCUCUGUGAACUUUACUAUCUUUUUGUCAGUAUUCACGAGCAGGUUUAUACAGUGCGACAGAGGUCCUGUACAGUGAGGAAAUGGGGGACAGGAGUGGGAGAGUCAUUAACCACUGUGUCUGUAAGAUUGAAUUAAGGCAUGUAAUAUUUCCUGGGUCGUAACAUGGCUUGAAAUGUGUGAUAGAUAGAUAAAUGUAUAAUUCAACACAGGUGGUUGGCUGUUACAUAAGACAUUAAAUAAAGAGAGAUUAAAUGAAUUAAUAAACAGGUUAAAAUAGUUUAAAUAAAUAUAUAUAGUUAUAUUUUUGCCAGAUGACUUUAUUCUGUGCCUCUCCAUGCUGUUUCACACAGCCUGGUAGAUUGACAGAGAGAUUUUGUAAUUCCAUUUACUAAUUACCAACAAGACUUACUUUGCCUGACAAGUGUCACGUGACUGUUACACUAACACCUAGUCAUAUUAACCAUAUUAUGUUAUUUUUGAAUGUACAGUGUGUUCUUGUUGCAUUGCAGAAGGAAAUGGAUUUCCUUUUGUUCUAAUUGAAACAAAAAUUCUUGAAGAUGUAUUGAAGCAUAUUCACUUGGAAAAUGGCAUACACAAAGCAUGUACGUUUUCCAUGUUUAUUGGAUUUUAUUGAACAAAUGUUUUGCAUCAUCUUCUUGUGGCUUGCAUUAUGAUUACAUUAUGUUUGCCUGAUAAUUCUUGGUUGUUCUGUGUUUCAACAAAAACAGAGAUCUGUUCGCGCAGAGCUUUAAUUUCCCUUUAUAUUGAAAAUUCACGCCAAUUAUAAAACACAUUUUUAAUCCACUUUUGUUUUAAUAUGCGGAAAAUGGUAUAAUCACAUUUUUAAAAAAUAACAGUUUCAAAGUACAUUGUCUUCGUGAUUUUUUGUGAAAUGCUCUGUUUUAUGCCAUCCAAUGUCCUGAUGUGAAUUGUCACUGCUCUGGAGCACUGCAGUUUGAAUUUUUUUAUUUAUAUUUUUGUUGCUAGGAUAUCUUGGUUUCAAACCAAAGCUUUAUUUAAAAUCAGGUUUUGGUGGUGUGUUUCAUGUGGCCUUGCAAGGUCUUCUUGUGAAAGCAUGUGACGUGCGCUAAUUGAAUAUUAAGUUGCAUUUUGACUGUAUUUUAUGAAAGAAAUGGACAAAAAUGUGAAGUUAAAAUAAUUGUCAUUAAACACUUUUUCAGCAUCUGCACAGUUAA